UCUCUCUCUAUCACUUUCCACUUUCAUUUCAGGAAAGUCUCUCAUUUCUCUGCAUUUCUCCCAUUUCCCAUUUUACCCUUCUUCUUCCUUUUUUUUCCCUCUCUAAUUUACUAUCCUACCCUCAGCUAUAUCAUUCACCUGAACAAACAUUUCUAACCGAUUCAUCCAUCUGAUCAUUUGUUUUUGUUUUUGUGUUUGAUAAUUUUAUAUAUCAAUCAAUUUAUAAGAAGUUAGGGUUUUAAUUUGUUUUUAUAGAAUCAAAAACCGCCUCAAAAAUGGACUCGGAGGAUGAGUUUGAUAUGCAAGACGCCGCCGCUGAAUCCGCCGAGGACGAUUUCUACAGCGGCGGAGAUGACGCCUUUGACAGCGAUGACGCCGAUGUUGCUGAUUAUGAAUUCAUCGAUAACGAUUCCGAUGAUUCUGAUGACCUCAUUUCUCAUCGCCAUCAGCAAAACUAUACGGUUUUGAGUGAGACGGAUAUUCACCGGCGUCAAGAAGAUGAUGUUAUGAGGAUAGCUACUGUACUUUCCAUCUCAAAGGUUUCAGCUACGAUUUUGCUCCGUUAUUAUAACUGGAGCGUCAGUAAAGUGCAUGAUGAAUGGUUUGCCGAUGAAGAAAAGGUUCGUAAGGCUGUUGGCUUAUUGGAGAAGCAAGUCGUUGAGUUUCCUGAUGGUACAGAAAUGACUUGCGGAAUUUGUUUUGAAGCCUAUCAUAGCGAUAAGCUGCGUGCUGCUGCUUGUGGUCAUCCAUUUUGUAGUUCAUGUUGGCAAGGAUACAUUAGCACAGCCAUUAAUGAUGGUCCGGGAUGUUUGAUGUUGCGCUGUCCUGAUCCAUCUUGCUCUGCCUCUGUUGGUCAAGAUAUGGUUGAUGAAUCGGCUUCUAAUGAAGACAAAGAAAAAUAUAUCCGCUACUUCACUAGAUCCUACAUUGAGGACAAUAGAAAGACCAAAUGGUGCCCUGCUCCAGGAUGUGAUUAUGCUGUGGAUUUUAUUGUUGGCAGCGGAAGCUAUGACGUCACUUGUGGCUGUUCAUAUAGCUUUUGCUGGAAUUGUACUGAGGAAGCUCACCGUCCUGUUGAUUGUGGCACUGUUGCAAAGUGGAUACUGAAGAAUAGUGCAGAGUCCGAAAAUAUGAAUUGGAUAUUGGCUAAUUCCAAACCUUGCCCAAAGUGUAAGCGACCAAUUGAGAAAAACCAAGGCUGUAUGCAUAUUACCUGCACACCACCCUGUAAAUUUGAGUUUUGCUGGCUUUGCCUUGGUGCAUGGUCGGAUCAUGGAGAGAGGACUGGCGGUUUUUAUGCAUGUAACCGAUAUGAGACAGCAAAGCAAGAGGGAGUGUAUGACGAAUCCGAGAAGCGGAGAGAAAUGGCAAAAAACUCUCUAGAGAGGUAUACUCAUUAUUACGAGCGAUGGGCAACCAACCAAUCAUCUAGGCAAAAGGCUUUGGCAGACCUACAGCAAAUGCAAACUGUGCAUCUUGAGAAGCUGAGUGACAUACAGUGUCAACCUGAGUCACAGCUGAAGUUUAUAACAGAGGCCUGGCUACAGAUAGUUGAAUGCAGGCGGGUUUUGAAAUGGACUUAUGCAUAUGGAUACUAUUUACCUGAGCAUGACCAUGGCAAGAGACAGUUCUUUGAGUACUUGCAAGGUGAGGCGGAGUCUGGGUUGGAACGUCUCCAUCAAUGUGCAGAGAAGGAGCUCCAAGUUUAUCUCACUGCAGAGGGACCAUCAAAGGAUUUUAACGAGUUCCGCACCAAACUUGCUGGACUGACCAGUGUGACUAGGAAUUAUUUUGAGAACUUAGUCCGGGCUUUAGAGAACGGUUUAUCAGACGUGGACUCUCACGGGGCCUGCAGCAGGACCGGUAGCUCAAAGAGCUUGGGUGGGAGCAGCAGAGGUAGAGGCGGAAGAGGCAAGGGCUCAACAUCUAGGUCAAGUGGCCCUAGCAGAAACAUUGACGAUCCCGGCCACUGGUCAUGUGAGCAUUGCACGUUUGCUAACUUGAAGAAUGCCACCCUUUGCGCUAUGUGCCAGCGUCGUCGUUAAAUCUUAAUUUGUGCACAGAUCAGCAUCAUGCAUGCGAGUUAUCAGGUUUUACCUCAUUGGCUGCAAUUGGAUUGGAGAAAAUAUUUAUAGCAUUGCCCAAGAGGUGAAGAAUAAAGCUCUGUCGAUCUCUAAUCUCUAAGACCCAAUGGCUGCAGUGGAGAAUGGAAAGUAUGAAGGGAAGGGGAAGUAAGAAUUCACGUCUUUCGGCAUUUGUUUUCUCGAAUCAGCUGUAAAUAGUUGUUGCCAUUCACGGUGAUCUGAACUUUGUGUUGGUAUGGGUAGUCAAGAUCCAUCCAAGUGUAUUCAUCUGUAAUCUCGACAAUCAUUUAUGUUGUUACUUACAGUUUUACAGCGUACUUGAAGCUCUCAAGUGCUUUUAUGUAGUGGUGAACGCCUGGGGCUGGUAGGCUAAUGUAUUUGCCUCGUCUAGAAUGAAAUAAAUAUGUUGUACAAUUUUAA